CCAAAAAUCGGCUUCACUUUUGGAACGUGUGUGUUAAUGGCUGCGUUCACCAGAAAUAAUCGGUUUAAGUUUCAACUAAACAGCUAUGUUGCAGCGCUUUAAAACUACGUUUAGUCUGGUGAAUGGUAUUUUUAGGUUGCGGUAGAUUGAGACCGUCGUGCCGACAGUGUUGCCAUAGUUCGCUUGACAUUUGACUAGUAAUACUCCAAAUUCAAAUAAAUAUUUUGAUUUUGCUGUAUUAUUGUGAAAGUGUAGAUUUGUGUUUUGUUGUUUAAAUAGCAAAUAUUAACUUUUAUUUCUUGUAGUGGACAAUCUAGCAAUGUCUAUAAUUUGUAUUAUAUGCGAAAAGGCGUUCUCUAGCCAGUCAACCCUUAAUAGGCAUAACAAAAAUAUUCAUGGAAAGAAUACAAACUAUGCUAAGUCUACAUUCCCCACGAAAUUUUUGUGCUUGCAAUGUAAUAUUUAUUUCAAUAUCAAUCAUGAUUUGCGAACACACUUAGAACAGGAACACAAUCAUUCCACUGAAUUGGAGAAAUUAGAGUUCAAUAAUUUUCCAGAUUUUAACGAAUGGUUAAUGCAAGAAGAAAAGUUGAAAAAUGUUCGAUAUUGCAAAAUUAAAGGUGCAAAAACAAAUACCUGUGGUGAUGAAGAAAAAUGCUAUUAUGAGUGUGUCCGCUCUUUCAGAAAUUAUUCCAUCAAGAAAGAGAGAAUACGGAAUUUAAAAUCGCAAGGAUCUUGCAAAAUGCCUUUUUCAUGCACUUCUCAGAUAGUAUUAACGAAGCAUUUAAUUUCUGAUAAAUGUUUUGUUUUAUACUAUAAAACGCAUUAUGGGCACCGUGAAGAAAUAGAGCAUUUAAGGUUAUCACAGAUAGACCGACAAGCAGUUGCUUCCAAACUUAUUUUAGGAGUUCCCCCAAAAAGCAUUGUGAGCAGUGUUCGAGACAAUCUUGGCAAAAAACUUCAAAGAUUUGACAUAAUUACAGCACAGGAUGUAAGAAAUGUAAAGAACUCUUUUGGAAUUGUUUCAAAAGAGGGAUGUAGGCACAAAGAUGAUGCCACAAGUGUACAUUUUUGGGUGUCUGAAUGCUUUCAGAGUGGCUCAUCACCAGUGCUCUUUUAUAAGCAACAAGGUUUAGUUAUAGAGGACUAUCCAAAUCUCAAAAUAGAUGAUUUCUGUUUGAUAUUUAUGAAUACGGUACAGAAAGAAAUCUUACUAAAAUUUGGAUCUGACCUUAUUGCAAUUGAUGGGACUCAUGGUUUAAAUCCUUACAAUUUUGAACUCACUACCAUAUUAGUGACGGAUGAAUUUAACAAUGGAUUUCCUGUAGCAUUUAUGUUUACCAAUAGAAAGGAUACUUCUGUGUACGAAUUAUUUUUUAUAAAAGUUAAAGAGAUUGCUGGUAUUGUAAAUGCAAAGGUAUUCAUGUCAGAUAUUACAAAUACAUUUUAUAACGCUUGGUGUCACGUUAUGAGUCCUGCUGAAAAAAGACUUUUUUGUGCAUGGCAUGUUGAUCGGGCAUGGCAAACAAAUCUUGCAAAAAUUUCAAACACCGAAAAGAAAUCAUAUGUAUAUAAAAUGUUGAAAGACCUACAGUCUAUUUUAGAUAUAGAUCGUUUUAUAAAGAGUGCUAAUAAUUUUUUGCAAAAACUUUUGGGAGAUGCAGACACUCAUAGUUUUGGCGUAUAUUUUUCUGAAAACUAUUGCAAUAAUUUUCAAGAGUGGGCAUAUUGCUGUAGAAAAGGCUGUGGGGUCAACACAAACAUGCAUAUUGAAAGCUUCCAUAAGGUACUAAAAUACUUUUACUUAGAUGGUAAGAAAGUGAAACGUUUAGAUAAAAGCAUUCAUAAGUUGCUAGAAUAUGUGAGAGACAAAACUGUUGAAAGAAUUAUAAAAUUAACAAGAGGUAAAAGUGACGAUAGUACAAUAACAUCCAGACAUAGAGCUGCUCUAACCACUCAUUUCUCUGUAUUCCAGUGUGAGAAUAAUAUAUUUAAAUUAGAGAGUGAGAAUAAUACUGAAACUCAUUAUAUUGAGAAACAGAAAACUACCAACUGUUGCGAAGUCAAAUGUACCUUGUGUAAAAUCUGUAUUCAUUCCUACAAAUGUACUUGUCUUGAUUACUUAAUUAAAACAACUAUUUGCAAGCAUAUACAUUAUUUUGUAUUGCAAGACAAAUCUGUAAUUAAUCAAAAUGAAAAUACAGUUUCAUUAGCUUCAGAAACUGAAGUCAAACAGUUAGUGUCUCAAAUUUCCAGCAAAAAAAAUAGUGAGCAGACUAUAAGAAAUCAAAUUAAAGAGAAGGCUCUUCAUAUCGUUCAUCUAGCAGAUUCAGAAAAGGUGAAUAAAGAGCAGUUAAAGAUAAUGCUGGAUCAUGUAAAUAGUGCGGUGUCUGUGAGUUCCAUUCCACAAACUAAUUUUAAUAUAGAAAAUCCGACUGUUCUUCCCAAGUAG